CCCUUUUCCAAACUUCUCACAAGCUUUGCCAAUGCCAAACGCUUCUCCUACCUUGCCUUCCUUUUUUAAGGGCAUUGGCUUCUCCCAGUUUCGUUCAUUAGAACACCACAACUUACUUCCGUUUUCUCUCCUCCUCCUUCUCCUCUUCCCUUUCCAAGACAAACAUGGGCAAUUGUAUUGCUCUCUCCAAACCCAAUAGAGAAAUCUUAUGGGAUGACUCUUUGGAAGAUCAUAGAACCCCUAUAAGGAUCGCGAAGACUGAUGGCAAGGUGCUAGAAUAUCAUGGAGCGUCCGUCCUUGUAAGGGACUUUCUACCAGAUUUUGAUGGUUCUGGAGUUGGUGUCUCACAGCAAGCAUCACAACAUCUACGACCAGAACAUGAACUAAGGAUUGGAAGUGCGUACUACCUUCUUCCAUUGGGCACAACUAGCCUCACCUCUAGAGAUGAAGAUCCUUUGGCCGAGGACACAAAAGUUCUGGAUAGCAGUUGUAGGAGAGUUAAGGUAGUCGUAAAAAAGCAACAGCUUCAGGAGCUGGUUUCCAUGACGAUUUCGGUUGAGGAAGUACUGUCUGAAAUUUUAAGAAGGGAGGAUCGCAGAAUUAGUAGUCCAAGGAGCUGGGAGCCGCAGCUAGAGACCAUAUUUGAGGGAAGCGAAUAAUUAAUUUGGGCUUAUUAGAUUGGAUCAUUAACUUACCACCAGCAUAGAAAGAGAGUUAGGACAGAAUUUACAAAUUAACAUGAUGCAUGUAGUCAGUAUUUUGAAAGUAAAUCAACUCCAUGGCUUUGUUUUAUAUUGCUGAAGCUUGCAUGAAUGAUAUUCUAAUUGCAAGAGGCUUAUUGUUCAACAACCAGUCUUUAGUGCGUUGAAAUAUUUGAGAAAUUAAAAAAUUCUCAUUGCCUCGGUGACAAAGAAGAAAUAUAAUGAAAAAUGUACUAAAAUUUACGAUCAACUGUAGUCUAAUAAAUUACUUUUUUUUU